AAGAUAAAAAAGAAUAAAUUAUGCUUCAUUGCUUUUUACAAAUUGUGAGGGGUGUACUUCAACGCAAAAGAACACAGGCAGAUACAUAAAAAAAACUCCUGUCUCCAUGUAAAAAAUAUGCGCCCUCACAAGGGCAGACCACUAUUGAUUGUUGCAAAAAAAAGUUAUCGAAAAAACGACCGUAAAUAUCCAACCACGACAAGAAAAAAAAAAAAACGCCUCGACUCCAUCCAUCCCAAUCUCAAUCCCCUUCUUCUGCUUCUUAUUCCUCCUCUUCAGCUUCUUCUUAUUCUUCUUGGUAUAAGGAAACAAAAAUUGUUGACAAAGGAAAAAAAAAAAGUUGGUGUACUAUGUGAGGUAUAUUUUGCUUCAAGCAAGGCGAGGGCCAAUGCUCGCCCUUCUUAUUUUCGGUCUAUACGGGGUAUUUCGGUGUGCCAUGAGUGCUAGUGCUCAAAAUGUUCAAUAUUGAAGAAAACGAAGCGAAAAGCGAAUCG